GCACCUGCGCAUGGUUACUCUAAAUGCAAAACAAGUGUCUUUGGCGUGAUAAGGGCCGCAAUCAAACGAUUUCAUUACUUAGUGGAACAAUUGCAAGCUCGAAAACUAUGCCAUAGGUGGAAUCGCUAUAUAGGCAGUCAGAGUGGAACCAACAAGAUGCAGAAGCAAGAAGAGGUGCUGUCGCGCCUGCGCCCGAUAUUCGACAUAUUUUUGCGCGAGAACUUUUCCACUACCAACAAUGUUUACUUUGAGAAGCUCCUCACGCACUUGCAGGCCAAGGAGAACGCAUUUGUGCUUCAGGCCCCUUUUGUGGUUGACUGGGUGGAUAGGGUCAUCACUGCAUUAACCGAGGAUUUUAACAAGAUCCAUCCGAAGGUAGUUUCUUUUAUGUUAAAUCUGACCAGCUAUCUGGCAAACAAUGAGUGGAUGAUUGUGCGCCUCCGAGAGCUGGAUAUAGUAAGCAGAGCUGUUAAACUCCUUCAGGCGGAACACAACUUUAGUCCUUCUAUAAAACUGGGUGGGAUUCGUCUUAUGAAGGCCAUCACCGUGUAUAGUAUGGGUUUGGCGUUCCUACGUAUGCACCGCAUCUGGACCCUGCUCAUCCAGUAUUCCAACAACGAUCACACAUUAUAUGUGGUACGGGAAGCCCGGCAGGUGCUCUACAAUAUGCUGUACAAGUCCUGCGAUAAGCUGCAUGACAAGGCCGUUACCCUGGAGAUUCUCACCGAGAUCAUGAAACCAAUCCACGACAAUCUGUACAAGAGCACCGACAACGAGGAGCGCAUCCACAUCAAGGUAGAUGACAACGAAUUGCUACACAGAAUUUCGGCCACUUUGGACCUGCUAUCGUACAUCCUUCAGCAGACUUUGGUGCACGAGGAGCGCACCAGUUUGAUUGCCCUGCUCAAGGAGCAUCAUGACUUCGAGAUUACCAUUUGGAAGCUGAUUGAUAUGACUCACAACCCUUACUUUAUUGAGAAAAUUUUCACAACGCUGAGCAGUUACAACUUUGCUCUGCUGAUGCAUGAAAAGCUGCUGAAUACGGAUGCCACCGAGCCUCCGGAGGAGUUUACAGAGUUCGGGUUGGCAUUCUUCAAUCUCAUGAAAUUUUUUAUUACCCGCAAAGACGGUGUGAGCUUUGUGAAGUUAGCUGAGCUGAAUCAUGUUUUGUGGAAAAAAUUGGGCACUCGCGCGCCGAAGGAAAUCGUCAUCCAGCAGGAACGCGUCACGUUUGAAAACCAGUUAAUCUGCUUCCAUAUGCUGCCUCUGCUCUUCUCUAUGAAGUAUGCUCAGAAAAUCGCCGAUGAGGAGAAUAAAGUGGAACUUUUCGAUGCGUAUGUUGUUAAGUUGCUAGAGAUUUCGUGCGAGCAGACUCUUCGGCUUUGCUAUACAAUGAGAGAUACAUUCUUCACAGCAGACGGAAUGGCGGUGGGUCUUGUCACGGCUGGAUUAGCAAACAAAUGCAUUCACAGCCUUUUGGCCCUCGAAAAUGUUCUCGAUCGGGAGCAGGCGGUUACUGUAUGUCAAGCACUGCUCUAUGUGCUUCGCGAGGCAGUAGCCCUGAGUGUCAUCACAAACAAUUCGCAGGAUGACUGCCAUAGUGUCAGUAGCGCGGGCUCCUCGUACCUAGAAAUGUAUCCACGAGGCACUGAGCAAGUAGUUAACGAUCCAAAGGUACUGCACUCCGUCAUGGUGGGUCUGCGGACUCUUAUCGAACGGUUUAAGAUUACAUGGAAGGAGUCCGUGGAGACCAUUGGUCUGGUCAACUGUUUGGCCUUUGUCCUGGAGAACACAAACAUGGAUGCCAGGUGCACUGUACAGGCGCUAAAGCUAGUCCAGCUGGCUGUAGAACACUUCCUCUCCCCCAACAUGGCUCUGUUGGUGGAUAACUUGCAAGGCUCAGCGCUGGUUUGUCUGGGUCCCAUUAUCGUAAAGCGAAUGCACGACACGAUGUGGGAGGUGCGUGACACAACUCUGGAGCUCACUACCUCUAUUGCCAGUAUCUCCCGCGUCAAGUUUCCCGCCUUCCAAAGGUUUUUGAUCGACUCAAAGAUUCCCCCGAUUGUUUACGAAAUGGCUAAGAAUGAUUCGGAAGUCUAUGUAAGAGCUUCGGCAUUUAAAUGUCUUUCCCAAAUGGUAUCCAUAAAUCUAUUGUGGGAGAAUGGUCUUAGCCAACUUGACCUUGUGGACCAUCUUCUGCAUGUUAUGUAUCGGGAAAACGAUGAUAUUGUGCGAGCUGAAGCCAUAAUCACACUUAUGAAAAUCUACGAACACCGUAAGAUCCACAACAAGUAUAAGAACACGCUUUUCUCAACCCUUAACUAUUGUGUAAUUGGAGAUCAUCAUAAAGAAGUCAAGUUGAAUGCCCUAAAUUUCUGGCGCCGGGAGUUUUACCGUCAGUUCAGCAACCAGGGUAUGAUUGAUGGCUCCUUUCCCACGGUUACUUUUUCAAAGGAACAAAAAAAGAUUGUCACUCUUACGGAGAAAGAGAUCCAGACUAGCAUUGCCAAAGUAUUUGGCGAGGUACAACAGUACGGAUAUUUUGGCGUCCUUCUCAAGUGUUUGCGAGAGGAGACUUCGAUGGAGGUACUAGAACUUCUUAUUAUGGGCGUUAGGAUAUUAAAGGAAAAAUUUGAACGCUACAAGGGGAUGAUGGAGGAAAUCGAAAUGAGAUCGCCGCUCUCGGAAAGCGAUCUUCCAACCUUCAGUUUCCCGCACCAACCACAGCAAACGCCUAUUUCGAAUCAAGCACCAAUUAAUUCCAGCGAAGCAGAUGAAGUAAUUGAGUCCAUUUUGAACUCGCAGGAUGCCCAGCUUUUGGAGAAGGCGUUUGAGACUCAGAUGCAGAUAAACGAAGAGGGAGGAACUGCGGAAAAGCGGCACAUAGACGAAUUCUACUACAAGCAGUUUGCUGUACCACUACGACAGUUUUUCGAGGAAUUAAAGGCUAUUGACCUGGAGCAGUUGGUCAAGCAGCAUCAAGAGUGGUUUGAGUGCAGAGAGAAUUUUACCUCUCUGCUGGAUGAUAUCCUCGGUGCAUUAAAGCGCGACGAUGAGAACAUGAUUUCCGACUGUUAUUAGUUCCGGGCUAAGCCGAUUAUAAGUUCAAACCCUGUGUGAAGUAAGCUAAACGUGCUUUUCCUUGAAAUAUAAAAUAUUUUUGAUAACUAUAUACAUAUUUAAGUAUUGCGCAAGAAUUGAGAUUUUAUUCCGCCGACGCGGGAAACAAUAAACAAAAAUUAAAGCUUAAAAA